CAUUUCCCAGGAACAAGGUUGAAAGGCACAGACACAGAGAGAGAGGUAUAGUUGGGGGGGGGAAGCAAGAAGAAAAAAGCCGCGAGUCAGUGGUAAACCAUCCGCAAGCCCUUUCAAUGAAUCAUCUGAGGCCGGGAUCUGGAGCGGACAGGAACAUUACAGAAUUAAGGAGGCUUUUGCUCUUGGCGUGUGCCGUACGCCGGGCUUGAGUUAAAAAUCGGGAAUCCGACAGCGGCUCAACACAGACCUUGCGAUGGCUCAAGGAAAUAGUUAUGGGCAGAACGCCAGUAACAACGGUAUGGCAGACGAAUCGCCGAACAUGCUAGUAUAUAGAAAGAUGGAGGAUGUUAUAGCACGAAUGCAAGAGGAGAAAAAUGGGAUUCCUAUCCGCACAGUCAAAAGCUUUUUGUCAAAAAUUCCCAGUGUGUUUUCUGGUGCAGAUAUUGUCCAGUGGCUACUGAAGAAUCUGAACAUUGAAGAUCAAGGUACAAUUACUGAGAUUCAAACUGUAGAAGCAUUGCAUCUUGGAACACUGAUGGCAGCUCAUGGCUACUUCUUUCCAAUCUCAGACCAUGUGCUAACAUUGAAGGAUGAUGGGACUUUCUACAGAUUUCAGACACCGUACUUUUGGCCAUCAAAUUGUUGGGAGCCAGAAAACACCGACUAUGCGGUUUACCUCUGCAAGCGGACGAUGCAAAAUAAAGCAAGGCUCGAGUUAGCAGACUAUGAAGCUGAGAGCUUGGCCCGUCUACAGAGAGCAUUUGCAAGAAAAUGGGAAUUUAUCUUUAUGCAAGCAGAAGCACAAGCAAAAGUUGAUAAAAAAAGAGACAAAAUUGAAAGAAAAAUUCUUGACAGUCAGGAAAGAGCAUUCUGGGAUGUACACAGACCGGUGCCAGGCUGUGUAAAUACUACAGAAGUGGAUAUCAAGAAAUCAUCCCGAAUGAGAAAUCCUCACAAAACAAGAAAGUCUGUCUAUGGUCUACAAAACGAUGUCCGAGGUCACAGUCCGACCCACACGCCUGCACCAGAAGCAAAGCAACCAACCGUAGAAGAGUUACAUCAACAGAUAAAGCACUGGCAAAUGCAGCUAGAUAGACACCGGUUAAAAAUGUCCAAGGUUGCAGAGAGUCUGAUCGGGUACGCGGAGCAGUAUAUGGAAUUUGAUCCAUUUCUUAUAACUCCUGAACCUUCAAACCCAUGGAUGUCAGAUGAUAUUUCCUUCUGGGAGCUAGAAGCAAGUAAAGAACCAUAUGCACAGAGAGUAAAGCGAUGGGGUUUCUGCAUCGAUGAAGUUUUAAAAGAUCCUGUAGGGAGGGAACAGUUUCUUAAGUUCGUGGAGUCUGAAUUCAGCUCUGAAAACUUACGAUUCUGGUUAGCAGUGCUGGAUCUGAAGAAAAGACCCAUUCGUGAGGUACCAUCACGUGUUCAAGAAAUCUGGCAAGAGUUUUUGGCACCAGGAGCCCCCAGUGCCAUUAACGUGGACUCCAAAAGCUAUGAUAAGACCACACAAAAUGUAAAAGACCCAGGAAGAUAUGCAUUUGAAGACGCUCAGGAGCACAUUUACAAACUGAUGAAAAGUGAUUCUUAUCCUCGUUUCAUACGUUCCAGUGCCUACCAGGAGCUACUCCAGGCAAAGAAAAAGAAAAGUAUGAACUUCUUUUGAAGGAUGUUCAUAAAGGGGAAGUCACUUACAUCGAAGAGGCUGACGAGUUUGGUGCAGUCGUAUUGAUAUAUUCACUUCAGCUGAUGAGCGGGCCAGUUCAAUCGUUCAAAGCUAUAAAUCGCUAUUUAUCCUAAACCCAGAGGACAUUGUACCAUUCUUUGCAUGAAUGAGGAUCUGAGUGAGUGAGUGAGUGAGCGUGUAUGUGUGUGUGUAUAAAAAGACAGUGCAAACAUGGGUGGAGACAGUGGGGAGAGAGGAUCGUUCCAUAUGUUUUCAUGUUUACUUCAUCAGUCAAGCUUUCAUGUGCUGAAUCUCCCACUGAUAAGUAAAAAAACCAUCAUAAAAAUUGAAGCUGUAGCUCAGAAGAUCAUUGAGUGGUUGUGACCGAAAUAUUAGAAAAGUUUAAAAUGUAAAAAGAAUGAAAUGACCCUCAAUCCAUUAUUAAGUUGGACCACAGGAAACCACAAACACAGAAAGGUUCCAUGACAAGGGUUUAUUAGUGCAUCCUUGUCAGACCUAUUCUGUGCUCUCACUUUAGUGUUCUUACUGUGUUAUUUUUAUGCAAUGUUGAAGUCAGUAUUUAUUCCAAAUUUAUUAAAACCUUUCCAUUUCUCUUUA